AUGAGUCUUCGUUACGACGGUCUGGUUGUGGUGGUGACUGGGGCUGGGGCUGGGCUCGGCCGCGCUUAUGCCGAGUUCUUUGCCUCUAGGGGUGCCAAAGUCGUUGUGAAUGAUCUGGGAAGCUCUUUACAAGGAAAAGGAAUCAGUGUUAAGGCAGCAGAUGCCGUAGUCGGUCAGAUCAUUACCAAUGGCGGCAUCGCUGUCGCCAACUACGACAGCGUCGAAAACGGCAAAUCGAUAAUUGACACAGCUAUAUCCAAUUUCGGACGUAUUGAUAUUCUCAUCAAUAACGCAGGAAUACUCCGUGAUGUUAGUUUCAAAAACAUGAACGACGACGAUUGGGACUCUGUACAAGCCGUGCAUAUGCGAGGAGUCUAUAAAACUACCCAAGCAGCAUGGUCAUAUUUUCGACAACAAAAAUUUGGAAGGAUUAUCUUGACCUCAUCAGCAGCAGGCUUAUAUGGGAACUUUGGCCAGUGCAACUAUUCUGCUGCCAAGUCCGGCAUGGUUGGACUUGGUGAGACCCUGGCCAAGGAGGGUGUAAAGUACAACAUCCUCACAAACAUCAUCGCCCCAGUAGCGGCGAUCCGGAUGACAGCAACUGUAAUGCCUCCGGACUUACUUCAUCAAUUAACGCCAGAUUGGGUCGUGCCUAUUGUCGCCGUUCUCGUGCACCCUGACACGAAUUUUGAAAACGGUUCGGUCAUUGAGGCAGGGGCUGGGCAUGUCUCGAAAAUUCGAUGGGAGCGCUCAGCCGGGGCUCUUCUCAGGUCUGACGAAACACUUACACCUGGAGCAGUUCUUGCCAAGUGGACAGAUGUUAAUGACUUCUCCAACGCUGAAUAUCCGAACACGACCGCCGACUUGGUGGGCCUUCUCAAACGUUCGCAAAGUCUACCUCCCAAUGAUCCAGGGGAGACUAUACGCUUCGAUGGAAGGGUAGCCGUCGUGACAGGCGGGGGUGCUGGCUUGGGCCGUGCAUACAGCUUAGGGCUGGCCAGACUUGGGGCAUCUGUUGUUGUCAAUGACCUUGCGAACCCCCACACCGUCGUCGAGGAGAUCCGCGCCUCGGGAGGCACCGCUGUCCCAAAUCAGUCUUCAGUCGAAAAUGGAGAGGAAGUCAUCAAGACAGCCAUUGAUUCAUUUGGAAGGGUGGAUAUCUUGAUAAAUAACGCUGGUAUACUCCUAGACAAGUCCUUCCAAAAUAUGACUGAUGAGAUGUGGGAUGCUGUUAACGACGUCCACCUCCGAGGAACAUACAAGUGUGCGAAAGCGGCUUACCCUUACAUGAGGAAGCAGAAUUAUGGUCGCAUCAUAAACACAACUAGCACAAGUGGAACAUAUGGAAAUUAUGGGCAAGCCAACUAUGCCACAGCUAAAACUGCCAUUGUAGGAUUUUCCAAAGCACUUGCUAUUGAGGGACGCAAAAACAACAUCAUUGUCAACUGCAUUUCGCCGUCUGCGGGUACAAAUCUGACCAAGGGGGUUCUGCCCGAGGAGAUUGUCAAGUCCCGGAAACCAGACUAUGUUGCACCGAUAGUUCUUCUCCUGUCCUCUGACAAGGUCCCGGCUGAUGCUUCCGGUCGGAUAUUCGAGGCUGGAUGUGGAUGGCAGGCAAGAACAAGAUUCCAGCGAUCCGACGGCUAUGACUUCCCGCGGAACACUCCUCUAACCCCAGAGAUGGUGUUGGGCAAGUGGUCCGAGAUUGUCUCUUUCACGCCUGGGAAGACCAGUAAUCCAGAAAUGAUCUCUGACUCUCGCGAUCGCAUCCUGGCAAACAUCAAAAUAUCCGGAGACACUCCUCCCAGCGGCCGGCAGUGGCUAGACGCGAUUGCGAAAGCCCGGAGCGCACCGGCACAGCGUUCUAGUAUGACUUUUACCGACAAAGAAGUUCUACUAUACAACUUAUCACUCGGAGGUACCCCUUCGCAACUUCCGUUAGUGUUUGAGAAGCACCCUGACUUUCAUGUGCUUCCUUCGUUUGGUGUGAUUCCGGGCACUACCGCCUCCCGGCCAUUCAAGUUGGAAGAUCUCGUACCCAAUUUCAACUACAAAAACAUGCUUCAUGGAGAGCACAUGCUUGAAAUCCGCAAAUAUCCCAUCCCUACUUCCGGUACUUUUAUAUCAGAAUGCCGACUGAUCGACAUACUCGAUAAAGGCAAAGCAAGCAUCGCGAUUAUUGGCACCCUGACGAAAGAUGCAGCUACUGGGGACGAGAUCUUCUACAAUGAGCUAACACUCUUCCUCCGUGGCACUGGCGGGUUCGGUGGAAAGACGACUCGAUCCGAACACAGCAGCACCAAGUCGUCCUCUUCUCCGCCAAGCCGGAAACCAGACGUGAUCAUUGAAGAGAAGACAUCCGUUGGCCAGGCGGCCCUGUACCGGCUGAACGGGGACAGAAAUCCUCUCCAUAUAGAUCCCGCAGCGAGUAGUGCUGGGGGCUACAACAAACCCAUCCUUCAUGGACUGUGUACAUUCGGCAUCGCCACUAAGCAAAUUGUUCUGAACUAUGGUCCCGUCAAGAGCAUAAGGAUGAGAUUCGUGGGAGUUGUCACCCCUGGUGAAACGCUUCGAAUCGAGUCAUGGAAGGACGGAAAUGAUAUCAUAUUUCAAGUCAAGACAAAAGAAAGCGGGACGUUAUGCACUGCAGGUGGGUGUGCCACUCUGGAACAACCAUUGAAAACACGUCUAUAG